AUGGACGCUUUGGCUGGUAGCCCAAUAUCUAUAAAUGUUAAAGUCUUACUCGUGGAUACCAAUGAGUCAAACUGUUGCCGCAAUGUUCAGCUCCUUGGCUGGUCUACCGGUCCCGGCAAAACGUUUGCAGUCCGUUGCCGAUCCUAUCCCUCGAAUCUCCUGCGUGAAGAGGCCGCAGUGCUAAAGCGAAUUCGGUUUGCAAAAUUAUUUGAUCCAUGCCUCUAG